ACGCAUGCGCCAGUAAGGGGAAGAACGAGAAGGAAAAAAAAAAAAAAAGCCUCCUUCCGCUUAUUCGUUAUCCCGGUAUCUCGCGCAAGAGCUAUCAUGGCGGCCGGACCUUUUGGUUUGCUCGGGACGGUCUUCUUGCUGGCGGCGACGUUUCAGUUUCCCUCACGUUCGUGGGCUUCAGAAACGCCCAGCGGCGGUGGCGGGGAUGCUGUCGUCGCCGGUGAGCGGUUUAAGAUCGAGGGUCGCGCGGUGGUGCCGGGAGUGAAGCCCCAAGACUGGAUUGCGGGCGCCCGAGUGCUGGUGGACGGGGAGGAGCACGUCGGCUUCCUCAAGACAGAUGGAAGCUUUGUGGUUCACGAUAUUCCUUCUGGAUCAUAUGUUGUUGAAGUUAUAUCUCCAGCUUACAAAUUUGAACCAGUACGAGUAGAUAUUACUUCAAGAGGAAAAAUGAGAGCAAGAUACGUGAAUUAUAUCAAAACAUCAGAAGUCGUUCGAUUGCCAUAUCCCCUUCAAAUGAAAUCUUCUGGGCCUCCUUCAUAUUUUAUAAAGAGAGAGUCUUGGGGAUGGACAGACUUUUUAAUGAAUCCCAUGGUUAUGAUGAUGAUCCUUCCAUUGCUAAUCUUUGUAUUAUUACCCAAAGUUGUUAAUACAAGUGAUCCUGACAUGAGACGGGAAAUGGAGCAAUCCAUGAAUAUGUUGAAUUCUAACCAUGAGCUUCCUGAUGUGUCAGAGUUCAUGACAAGACUUUUCUCUUCAAAAUCUUCCAGCAAGUCUACUGGCAGUAACAGUAAAAUAGGAAAAAGUGGUGCAGGAAAAAGGAGGUAGUUGUUUCUUUUCCUGGAACCACAAUUUGCACAGCUCUGUGAUGUGUUAUCAUCUGGAUGUUCUGUGAAAGAACAGAAAGCCACUACUGUAACCUUAAUUCAGUUUGAAUUUUGAAAGGAUACAACUGUAGCUUUUUAAUCUAUUUAAGUAUCUUGUUCUUGAAAUAUCCAGGAGCAUCACUUCUGUCUAAAAUAUGUAAGGUCAGUACUGAUGAUAAUUUAACUUCUUUGUAGAGAAUGACAUUAAAGAAUUUAAAUUAUGUGCAAUAUAUUAAUGAUUCUUAAACAAUACAUCACUGUAAAUAAUUUGAUUUUAAGAAAUAGAAAACAUUCUUUAAUAAUGGCAAUGGUAUAAUUGUGCAUUUCUUAAUAUUCAUCACAAUGAAUUGCUACAUUUUUUCUGGAAAAAGUAUUUUUUUCAUUAGUUGCAGAUGUUUUCUUCCAGAAUCUUAGUUUAACUUCCUAUUUAAUUCAUUCCCAAAUUUCUUUUAUAUUUUUUUCUAUGGAAUGCUUUGACAUUUGUCAUUAUUUAAGCCUUGUUUAGAAAAAGUCCCAGUGAUAAACACAUGUUCCUCUAUUAAUCUUACUUUUAAAAAGAAUUCCCUGAGUACUUUGUGUUGUAAGAUUAUAAAAGAUGAUACAGUUCUGUGCUGGUAUAAGUAAAGAGAGCCAAUUACUUUGUCACUACAAACUACAAAUAAGUUAUUCUGGGGUUGUUGUUUUUUGUUUAUUUUAUUGAUAGGUGCAAUGUAUGGUAAUUAGACGUAUUUAUUCAAAGCCAAAAGCCAUUAGUUUGCCACAGACCCUUUGCCUGUAGAGCUAAGUAGACAUCAGCAAAAUAAUAGUCAUAGUUCUUUUAUUUCAAUUUCAAUUCCAGUAUCUCUAAGCUUAAGUGUUUUUCAGCCACAGAAAAAUAACACAUGGGAGGUUUUAUUUUGCUAAGAAUAGAAAUUACUGAAUAUUUCAAGGGGACUGCAGAAACAAAAGCAGAUGGGACCCCAGCUUAGUCUUGAAUCCAAUUUUCUCAUUUCAGAGAAUAAUUUGGAAUAAAAUCAUAAUUUCAAAUGUGUUAAAUGCUAAAAUACAUCAUGGCAGCUUACAUAUUUUGGUCAUAGUGUUGCAAAAUUAAUAUGUAACUGCAUCUUACAAAUUGUUUUAUAUAUGGUAGGCUUGUUUAUUAUUUCAGGGGGAAUAACUAGAUGGAAAUUUGGUCUCUUGCAUGCAGCGUUUCUAUCUUGUUAAAUUGAGAUUUCACAUAAUCAAACACUUGUACUUCUCUCAGGGCUGAAAAGUUUUCCAUCA